GCAAACGCCGUUUGGCCGCAGAUUCGGUAUGAACCGCUCUUUAAUUUACGCUUAGUUUGUGCGUCAAGCAAUUGACGCUGCUCACGGCAACGCGCAACAUACUACUGACUGCAUUUAAGUAAAUGUGUGCACGUGAAGUUGUAUAGUGUUUCUUGCUACAUAAUGGCCAAGAAAAUACCAUUCAAUGUGGUAUUCGCCUCAGACGAGGACGCCGGCUUCCCGGCCAGCGAACUAAACACACAUGGCCCCACGGUGCACGGCUGGCGCAGUGCCGUGGACAGCGGAUUAAGCACGCACGACAUCAUUCUCCGUUUCCAGCAACCUGCCAAGAUUUAUCGCAUUCAGCUCUUGGCACAUCAGUACUUGAUACCCGAAAAGGUGGAGCUCUGGCUACACUAUUCUCCAAAGUCGAUACCCAGCACUCCGUCCUCGCAGUAUUUUGAUUUUCUUGGAUUUGUCGCCCUCGCCGACAAUGCGAACACCAACUACAAAUCGCGUGAGCUCCAGAGCGUUACUGUGAAUCCAAGGCGUGGCACGCAUCUGAAGCUGCGGCUGAUUGGUGCCCAUUGCAAUGAGUUCAACGAUAGUCAACAGAUUGCGCUCAUGGCGGUCAAUGUGCUCGGUGAGGAUCUGGAAUCGGCUGCCAUAAACGAUGGUGACGAGCAUCUGGCCAGCGAGACGCCGCCUAUAGACACCGCCACUGGUGAACUGGCUCUCGCCUCCGUGUGUGAUGACCUUUUAUUUUCAAUGUACGUGGAAGAGUCAAUUGUGCAGUACAUACGCGAGCUGGAGCAGUGCAAGCUGAAGGCGGUCAGCUCCGAACGCUUUGAAUAUGCCCGCAAGCUGAAGCUUUGCAUGACGGCUCUGCGAACGGCAGGCGAGCGCCUGGGCCGAUAUGCGCUGGCCAAGCGCCAGGCGGUGCAGCAAGAAGACUUUAGCGCAGCCAAGCUGCGCAAGGAGCAGAUCGAAAUGUAUCGCGCGUGCGUACUCAAGCAGCUGCAAGUGCAUAAGCUGCUCGAAACCGAUGGGGCACUUAGCCAAAACGAUCAGAGCUGCGAAAUCUAUGCGGGCGGCAAACCAAGUCUGCCGCCCGCACCUAGCCUGCAGGAUGUGGCACAUGCUCUGGCCGAGGCUGCCAACAGUCCGAAACGCACCAGUACCCAGCUUGAGAAAUCACCUAUUGACGUCUCCAGCCAUGAUGUCGUGAGCGCCGUUGUCGCGCCGGCUGCUGCAGUGCAUCUGCUGGCCAAGUCGCACGACGAGUUGCCCCAAUCGCCCCGGCUGCCAAUGGCAUCGCGGCACAGCUCACCCAUGUCCAGUCGACAAGGAUCGCUGAGACGGCGCAAUAAAAGUGCACCGCGCAACUCCUACGAGGAUUACGAGGAGCGAGCUAUUCCCACCCUGAGGCACUCAAAUACUAAUGAAUUUUUAAGGGAGUGCCAGGGCAAUGCGCUGCUCGAAGCGGACCCAAAUCGCAGUCGCUCGCGUCUCAACGAUCGCGAGCGUCGCCAGGCAGCGUUGCCCAUCCUGGUCUUUGGCAGUGAACUGGUUGAGCAGUUCUACUCUCGCCAGUUUCAGGAUCGGGAGGAUGGUCUGCUGCGCCUGCGCAACUUUCUCAAAGAGCGGGAAAAAGUGGAAGCGGAGGGCAAUGAGCAUGCGGCCAGUCCAAACAAGGUGGCACGCAGCGCUGCGCUUCUGCUGCAUCGCGCCGUUCGAGAUGCUGUUUACUCUGUUUUUAGCCAGGCAACUGAAACAGUUCGUGUGUUGUUCCUUGAAUAUGUGCCAGGCCGUGUCUCACCCAACGAGGUGGCGCGGUGCGUAGAUCGUCUGCUGCCCGAGCUGCUGGCCAAGUCGGGUGAUCCCUCGGCCCGUUUGCACACGCUGGCACAGCACACAAUACUCAGUAUUGCCGCCUGUCCGCAGGUGACCGAGCAAAACCUGGUGGCGCCAGCGCUAUCGCGUAGCGUUGGCUCUGGUACGCAUCAGCGUUUGGCCAUGAGCCGAUUGCAAAUGCUGGAACAGCUGGUUCAUACACAAGGCAUAAGCUCAGAUAAGCACAGCGGAUUAACCUGUCGCGCGUUGUCCGACUGCGGCUGCUCCGGCAUACAUCAUCCCGCGGAGCCGGUACGCAAAGUGGCUGAACGCAUUUUGCUGCUUGUCUACAAAGUAAAUCCCCGACUUGUGCGUAAGCAGCUACCACCAGACGACGACAUCACCAGACGCAACCUGCUCUAUCGUCAGCUCUUCACGGAGUUUGAUAAACUGGACUUGGAACGCAAACAGGAGCUACUCGAAGGCAGUAAAUACGUUGACGGCUACAAUCCAAGCAAUGGCGCGGAUUUCAUGCAGCCCUCGACCAGCACAGAUGCAUCUCGCAUAUUGAAAAGCAUGAACGGUGGGGCUGGUGCGAACGACAAUGGCUAUGUAAGCUGCAAUGGCAAGCAGCAGUACAACGAGCAACUGAAGCGUUCUAUGCAGUCGGCAACGAACUCGCGCAAGGGAUCAGCCACUAACUCCGAGUCUACUGAGGAGGCAACACCGAAAAUCAAUUGCCCGUUCUGCGGCUGGUGCUGCUCUGGCAGCGAUGCGGGCCAACUAGAUCGGCAUUAUUGGAAGGCUUGUCCAUUUCUCACCAAGUGCCCACAAUGCAGUCAGGUGCUGGAGGUAGCUGCACUCAACUACCAUUUGACAACGGAAUGUGAAGCCAAGGAUAGUUAUGUGGUGUGCACUCGCUGCACGGAGUCGGUGCAUAAACAGCUUUAUGAACUGCAUCAGAUGGAGGACUUUUGCCGCGAGUUGAAAACGGGCGCCGCUCGCUGUCCACUUUGCCAUGAUGAUGUACAUCUGCCCUUGGAUGGCGGUUGGAAGCUGCAUCUCCUAAGCGCAGGCGGCUGUCCAGGCAAUAUACGUAAACGGAAUUUAAAGAAAGCAAACUAAACAAAUAUCCUAGGACAAAAGUCAUCAAUAACCAUCCUCUCAUUAGGGAAUAUUCACAACUUUGAGCGAGUUUAUCACAAGCCAACGGCCAUUAGCGUAAUUUAAAUCAAUUUUUAUUACAUACAUUGCAUUUAGAGCAAAUUUUGUUAUGAGACCUGGCUAACGCCAGCAUUACUUAUGCUUUAUAUUUUGUUACACUUUAUUUAAGUCUAUAUGUUUUCUACGCAAUGUGAUUUGUUAACUUUACAUAACACGAAUUUCCAAACGUCCUACAUAAAAAUAAAGCCAAUCGAGAGUAAUUUUAAAUAUGAA